AAAAAAUAAAAAAAGAACAAGCUAUCCGAAACAAACACCGAAAGAAAGAAAGAAAGAAGGAACCGACAGAAGCAAAAAUGGCGAUGUUAGCAUCACCACCAUCUGUGAAACUCUCGCUCUCAUUCCCCCUGUCAGCUUCCAAACCCAACCCUCGCAGACUCUUCACCAUCCGAGCCGCCGAGCCCGAAACCCCACCCUCCGGUUCGGACCAAUCCCAGGCCGAACCGGACCCCUCCGACGACACCUUCGACGACCGCAUCAACCAGCUCCGCCUCCGUUACCGCAGCGGCACGGGGAAGAAGGCGGAGCUCCGAAAGAACAAAAAAUCAAAGAAAGGAACCUCCGGAUCCGGUUCGGGCGUGUUCCUGCCACCGGUGCCGCUGAAGGAACCGGUCUCCGGCGGCGUAAAGGUGGAGCUAGGGUUCAGCCAGUACAGCGAGCGAUUGAACGGUCGCAUUGCGAUUUUAGGUCUCACGGCGCUGUUGCUGGUGGAGCUCGCCACCGGGAAGGGUGUCAUUAACUACCACUCGCCGGCUAUUAUUCUGAUUCAGAUCUAUUUCGUGGCCGCGGUUGGAGCUGUCUUUGUUAAGUAUGAGAAGGAGAAGAUCAGCGUUUGGCCCCAAACUGAUUCUUCAACUAACAAAUAAUGAAAUCACUUUCAACUACCGAGUUUACUUGUUAUAGCUUGUGGAGCUAAACGUGCUUCUAUUUUUGGCUAAUAUAUUGUAAAUUAUUAUUCUGUUGAAAUGAAUGUUGCUUUUUGGAUAUGAUAUGAUAAGAUACUACUCAUUAUUGUUUCAGAUUGAGAGA